AUGUUAGACGGCGCAGACACGGGUGAGUGCAUGGAGCCGACUGACUUCGAUCUGCUGCUACCAUUUUGCAAGGCUGUCAUUCCGUACACGGCAUGUCUUCCACGUUAUCAGAGUCUUUGGUACAACCAUUCCGCUCUGUCCAAAGAUCGCUUCGUAGAGCAAAUGUUCACCAAACUCGUCAGUCAGCGCAAGAUCUACGAGACAAGCAGCGCCAUGGCAGAUGACGAUACAGACGAGUGGGGUGGAACGAAAGCUAUCACACCGCGCUUCACAGACAACCCGGACUGCGAGAAUGCCUUCCGUAACUACUUUUGCUGGCUCAACUUCCCUCGUUGUGACACCGAAGGUCGAAGCUUGCUGCUAUGCCGCAGUGUGUGUGAGAACUUCAUGACGGCCUGUCAGUACUCGAGCGACCUGUGGCGCUGUGGGGACCCCAAGUACGUCAACGCUCGCGAGGCCGAGAUCAGCUCCACUUGGGUCAAUCAAAAACUAGUAUACUACCGAGCACCAUUCCCGGGCUCACCGUUCAAAGACAAUGCUGCCGAUCCAGAUACAGACAAACCGUUGGUAGUGUGUACGCCAAGCCUUGAAAACAUCGCGUCGACUACAUGUAGUUUCUCUCGAGUUGGACUGGCAUCUCUUGCCGUUGUCCUGUGGGUUGUUUUAUAA